UGUCCGGAACCGGUUUCGUGUAUUACAAUUUGACAGAGUUGUCUCCCCAUUUGUUUUCCUUGGAAUUUCCAAAAGUUCAAAUUAAAGAAUGAAUAUUAUACACAGAUAUAUGAGAUUUAGCCUGGACAAGUUUGGAGGAUUAUUGAUUCUAAUUACAUGAGUACAUCCACUGGCUUAAAUCAUAAACAUGAUGAGUAAAGUUUAAACAGAUGAAGAUACAUGUUACUUUUGUAUAUGACAUUCAGUACUAAAAGGGGAAGUCACUGUGAUUAAAAGUUAACAAAUUUGAGAUUACAAAAUUCGAUCAAUUUUAUGUAAUUCAAGGGACUUCUGGGACGAUUCAAGUAAAUUACAUGUUUUAACACUAUAUUAUAACAUAACGAAAUUUUCUUGAGACUCAUUUGAUCAUUUAACCACACAUUUUUGGAACUUUAAGAGAAAACAUCGGAAAAUGGAGGAAAUGAUAAACUGUAGUUGUGAAUUGCCUUAGUAAUCAUGGACAUUGGAUCUAACGAGUCAUGGAAUACAAGUAAGGAUGAUUUUCAGUUAGUCAGUGGUACCUCACCUACCAGGACAGCUAGUUCUAUACAUGAUAAUGGUUGUAAAUCUUUACAUAAUAUCAAGGCAGCUGUAAAAACUUGUGAAGAUGUAACCUCCAGACAACGCCUACCUCCCCUGGACUACAAUGGAACUAAAAUUCUUCCUCAGGAACCAACUACAGUCCCACUGCCAGUUAUCCCUGCCCAGGAACCAACUGUUAGAUACCAGGAGGAACCUAUUUUGAUAGAGACAGAUGGAGGUGCACAUGUGGGUAGUGGUGUCACACCCGGUACCCCUCUGCGACUGCUCAUUGUCUCCAGUAAAAUCAGGAACAGCAAUGCAUUUAGAACAGCUAUCCUGCCUAAUGUUGUGUUUGUACAGUAUAAAUAUGAGUCUGCUUCCUUGGACUCACUGCAAAAUUUAAUUAUCAACACAUUAAAAGUGAGAAAAGUAGAAAGUAUCGCCAUGGUGAUGAGUUGUGUUGGGUCGUCAAUACAGAUUACAGGGAAGGAUGAAACAAUAUUGAAUAAAGAUACAUUUAAUGAGACACAAAUUCAAGAUUUCUUCACCAAACUGAAGGAGAGUUAUGUAGAGGGAGAUAAUUCAAAAUUGGAUUUCCUAGCCUGCCAUGCCAUGAGUUACAUCUACACAGACAGUAUGAUAUUAGUCAAAGAACUGGAGAAAUUGAUGCAGAUUCCUGUUGGAAUGUACAGAGAUAUUUUGGGGACAGAUACAGGACAAAAGGAUGGAAGUACUAAAAACUUAAGUGCCAGUGUUGGAGAACUGUACUUCAAGCUUGAUAGACUAAAGGGCUGGACCAGACAACAACAGUCUAUGGCAGGCUUUGAGAAAAUACAAACAGUUGGCAAAGGGGCUUAUGGGGCAGCAGUAUUAUACAGGAAGAAAGAUGACGACUCUCUGGUUAUACUGAAGGAGAUAAACAUGCAUGAUUUAAAUGCUGCGGAGAGACAACUGGCUCUGAAUGAGGUCAGCAUUUUAGCCAUGUUAAUGCACCCCAACAUAGUAAGUUAUUAUGACAGUUUUGAAGAAGAUGGUGUAUUAAUGAUUGAAAUAGAAUAUGCAGACGGAGGAACUUUGUCCCAGUUUCUGUCACAGAGAGAUAAACCUUUAGAAGAGAGGGAGAUUUUAGUCAUGUUCCAACAGAUUGUCUCAGCCAUUAAACAUAUACAUGAACAAAAUAUACUACACAGAGACUUAAAAACAGCCAACAUAUUUCUCACCAAAGAAGGGAUAAUAAAGAUUGGUGAUUUUGGUAUAUCUAAAAUGAUGAGUUCUGCUAACAAGGGAGCUAAUACUGUACUUGGAACACCUUACUAUAUUAGUCCUGAAAUGUGUGAAGGGAAGCAGUAUUAUGACAAGUCAGAUAUUUGGGCACUUGGUUGUAUACUUUAUGAGAUGGCUUGUCUACAGAAAACAUUUGAAGGAUCCAAUCUGCCUGCCUUAGUCAACAAAAUCAUGAAGGGCCAGUUUGCACCAGUGAAGGGGAACUAUAGCCAAGAAUUAAAGGACCUGAUAAUGGAUAUGUUAAAACAAGACACUGAUCUGAGACCUUCAGCCUGUGAGAUAUUAAAUAUCAGGAUUCCUGAGUUGAUGCAGAAAUAUGAAGAAUCUCAAACAGAUGAAGAUUCUUCUCACCAAAACAGUUUGAGUGAAAGUCGGUCCAAGAAGAAAACAAGUGCCUUGGAUACUAGGUCAGUGUUGUAUUAUUUUGAAUGCUGUACAGCCUCCAUUACUCCUGUUGACUUACCUUCAAAAAUCAAAAUAAUACAUGCAGCAACUGGAGAAGAUCAUGUGAUUGUUAUUUCCACUGAAAAAAGAGUUUUCUCCUGGGGCAAAGGUCGUAGAGGUCAGCUAGGUCAUGAUGAUACAGAAGAUAGGGAGAAGCCUGCUCUAAUUGAAGGUCUUACAGGCAAAUCAAUAUCAAGAGCUUACUGUGGAGAUGGGUUCAGUGUUUUUGCCAGUGACAAUGGUAUAGUGUUGACUUGUGGUGAUGGUAGCUCUGGAUGUCUGGGACAUGGCGACUGGAAAAAUACAAACAGACCAAGACUUAUAGAGACAUUGCUCAGUAUUGAUGUGAUUGCUGUAGCCUGUGGGAGGAAGCAUGUUGUAGUAGUUGGCAGUGAGGGAGAGGUGUUCUCCUGGGGCUGUGGUGCUGAUGGACGUCUGGGUCUAGGGAAUGAUGAUGACCAGUGUAUACCGACUCAGAUCUUGUUAGAUGAUAAAGUUUUGAUAAGAGAUGUAAGAUGUGGUGUGGAUGGGACCAUGUUCAUCACAGAUGUGGGCAGUGUCUUUGCUUGUGGGAACAACCUGGACAACAAACUGGGCCUCAACAACAGAUUUGGCUUCAUCAUGGCCAUGAAAAAUAUCUUCACUAAGACAGAAGUUGAAGGUCAAAAGGUCCCCACACCAGUCAAGGCCAUCAAAGGUGUACUGGAUAUCUCCAUGGGAUCGACCCAUACAGCUGUAAUGGUGAAGCCAGGUCAAAUAUAUACCUUUGGUAGGAACACAGAAGGUCAGCUUGGAGCUAGUAAUGUAAAACAAAUCAGUGGUUAUGUAGAGGUCAAGGCCAUGAAGGAUAAAACUGUCAAUAGAGUGCAGUGUGGACAUCAUUAUACUGUUGCCAGUACAGAAGAUAAUGAACUUUAUUACUGGGGACUAAGAUUUAAAAAUCCUACCUCAUUUUAUUUAGAGGAUAAUGACAGCCAUUCAAGUACAAACGGAAGUAUUAUAAAUACAGGGGAUUGUAGAUUAGAGAGUAUUACUCCACGUAAGGCUGCCGGAGGUCACUCUCGACAAAACAGCUCAUCGAGUGUUAAUGAAAUAAUAGCUAGUGACAAGGGAAGUAAAUCUUUGCAUACUCGUCAACUCAGCCAUGGAAGUGGUAUGGAUAGUUUCCUUCAAAAGGACAAAGAAACCAUGUUGAGGCGUGAUUCUGGAAAUCAUUCCAGGCAUGCUAGUUCUACCGAUUUACGGAGAGAGACUGGUUCAUUACCUAAAUUACAAUCUAGUCCUAGUGUAGGUGAAAACAGUGCAACUAAGAGAGAUUCAGGAAAUAGUUCUCGUCAUGCUAGCUCAGUGGACUUACGAAAGGACUAUGGUUCUCAGUCUAAACUGGCAACCAGUUAUAACAAAACACAUUCCAGACAAACAAGUUUAACAAGUGUUUCUAGUAUAGUUAGCAACAAAGAUCCUCUUAAUAACAGUAAAGAAGAAGGUGUAGAAAGUGGGGGAGGAGUCAAACAAAGCCCCUCCCAUCAAAGACAGACAAGUGUAGAUAGUGCAUUAUCAGCCAGUCUGACUGACAGUGGAUUUCCUUCUCAGAGCAAUGAAACAAAACCUGGAUUCAGACCUUUAAGUAGUUCUAGAAGGAGGACAGCGAGUGCUAGUAGUAAAGACAAUAAAGACAAGGAAGACACACUGACAGAUGACGCUGAAAUUAUCUACCCGCCAAAACAUUUGCUCAAAAUAAUGAAGAAUAGUGCUGAACAGCUGACAAUCAGUAGUUUUUACUGUCAUGGGGAGAAUCUAUUUAUACAGAUGGAAACAACAGCGCCACCUCCAAAACGUAAAAGUAGAAAGAAAAGAGGAAUAAGAAAACGUUACAGUGGAAACACAUUAAAUGUGCCACAGGAAACCAAGGCCCUGUACUCUCUUUCUAGUCAUGAAGGUGGUGAUGAAUAUUCAUCAGAAGCAUCAGAAAUGGAUACACAUGGACCUGUACCCAAUUGGAUCAAGCAGGAGUUAGCUCUGUCUGAAGAUGAAUUAAAUGAUGGUAAUGAACCAGAUGAUACCAGUGACCAUUCUGAUGAUGAAAUUAGAAGUGGACUUGUUGAUGCCUCUAUGUCCAGUAUACAGAUAAAUAAAGAAUUAACAAAUAGAAAGAAUUGUGAUGAUUCGUCUAAUCCUGAAGGGAAACUGUCCAAAGAUUUCAGCAACUCAGCAAAGUUUACAGUUCAGGCCUUUGGAAAGGUUGAGGUCCACCAGGUUAAAAGCCUGUCAUACAACAGUACAGAGAGUGAGUUAGAUCUACAAUCUGACGGAAGUUCUAAGGAUAAUAAUGAAUCUAAACAAACUAAAGACAACAACAGACUGAAAAUUGAUGUGGCUAGGGUAAGAAAGGUAUCCCCACAGACCAUCAGGAACAGAUUACCACCAGGACCAUCAGGGGCCAAUAGAAAUAAGGUCCAAUCUAGAGAUAGAGGCCAAGGGCAAGAUUGGAAGGAACAGCUAGCAGCCAGGGGAUUCGUAUCUGAUGUCACGGUGAAAAGGAAACAAGAGGCUCUGAAGAAUGAAUUGGAACUAACAAGAGGAGAGAAAAGAAGAGCACAAGAAAAGAUAAAAAUCUUAGAAGAGGAACAUAAGUUUCAGACAGAACUAUUAAAGAGAGAGGUAGAAAAGAAGGCAAAGGAGAGAGAAGCAGCAUUAGAGGGAGAAAUAUCUGACCUACGGAAACAGAUAACCGACCAGAAAUCACAAAUGCAAGAUCAUCAGAAAGCUGUCAUGGCACUUCAGAAUGAUUUGAAGAAAGUGAAAGAGAGGUCUGAUAGAGAUAGCAAAGUCUGUAAUCUGCAGUGAACCAAGUUCAAAUCCUUCAGACUAACACUUCAAUUUACAGGAUACCAAUUUUCUUUUAAUUUGUGUAUGAACUAGUACCACAAAUUUAUAUGUUUAAAUAAUAACAACUGUUCUAUGGGCUUGUAUGCACAUCUUCUUUUUUAUAUUAGUCAAAACCAUGAUUUUUUUCAAUAUCCAAGAAAAAUUGAUACCCACAAAAACAUAAUUUAAAUGAAUUCUCAGUAGUUUGUUGAAGAAGUCAUAAUCUGAGACAUUCAGUAGUGUCCUACUCUUUUCUUAGACAGCUAAAAUAUAUUUUUUUUAUUACCAGAUUUAUGGAAGGCUGUGCUUUUAAUUGAAUCUUAAAAAAACUAUUCAUCGAUUCUCAAUAAUAAUGUGAGCAACCUUGUCAUAUACUUCAGUUUAAAGGAGUAUGUUCGGUAAGGUCCUAAAAUGGCCCCUUGUUUUAUCGUAAAUUUUAAUUUAGGAUUUAUUGACCAAUAUCACAAGAAAGUAUAGCUAAUACAAUGAUUAGAUAGGAAACAAGUCAUUGUGUUGAAAAUUUACAGUCCUGCGUUAUAUGAUGACAUCACAAGUUAUACUCAUAUUGAUUUUCCACCAAAAAAUCAAUAAAAAUGGCUAAAUUUCCAUAGAUUAUUUGACAGGAAACAUAGAGCGUAUAUGUCGACAACAAAGAUCUUUUAAAAUAAUGUUUGUGAAGAUAUUUCACAUGUCUUAUUUGAAUAUUUAGUUUGUCAAUGCUUGGGCUCUAUGUUUCCUGGUCCUAAAUAUGGUUGAAAUUCAUGCGAUUUUGUAAAAUUUUACCAAAAUCUCACAUUUUAACCUUUUUGAGAUGUAAAAAUCAACGUGUUAGAAUUAAACUUUGACAAAAAUAGUUCUAAUUUAACUUUUUUACUGGCUUAAAGUCAUCUUGAAACUUUUUUUUUGUCUUGUAAAAUUGAACCAUUCAUUACAUAGUAACUGCUGCCCUACGUAGACUGAUGGGUAUUGUAAAUCUAUUUACAUUUAAAUUGUGACCAACCUUCUUGGAUUGAGCAAAAAAUAUGUUUCUUGUGAUAUGUGAAUUUUUGGUUUUAUGUAUUAAUCAUGCAAUCAAGUCUAUAUGAAAUUUAAAAUUUAUUUAGGAUUUUUACCCAAAAUUUGGUCGAGCUUACCCCUAGAAAAUCAUAACCCUGACCAAUAUUAUGUUAUUUGUUGCUUUUACAUCAGUAUGUUUUUCUAUGUUAUCUUAUUUUGAGUCUGAACACCUUUUAAAUGGACAUAUUUACAGUUGUAUGCAAAUUGAUUGUUCUUACUUGGUACAAGCUCAGGCAAAAUUUUUCAUGAGAAAAAAACCAUGUGACAUCAUAAUUCUACUUCAUAAUCUUAAGUCUAGAUAGUGUUGAUUGUUGACUUUAGAAGGUUAUUUUUAGCCAGAUCUAGGGUAACAUAGAGCAAGUUCAGCUGAAUAUCUGAAGUGUAAAUACAUGUACUUUUGCAAAGUAUUUAAAUAUACAAUGACAGGGAAAGGGUUCCAAGGCCCCCUCUUUAUGGAGGAUCAAUGCAUUUAAAUGGGGACAUAUAGUUGGAAACCCCCACCCACUCACUCUUGCCUUUAUCCUGGGUUUGACUAACCCCUUUUCAAAUUGGCUUGUUUCGCCCCUAAGUGAAUAGAUCUAACUUUGAAGUUUAGAAGAUUUGAAGCACGUCAGUGCACAUGUAGUUAAAGAUGCUAUAGCAGAUUAUUAUACAAGUAGAAAUGUCAUAGCCAUAUUGUAAAUAAACUGCUAAUUUAUAUAAAUAAAACAUUGUUAGUUUUAAAGUUUCUAAAAGGUCUGGUGGAUUUGAUCUGUUUUAAUAAGUCAGGGCCCAAUAUACACCAAUCUUGAGGUAUUUUUUAUGCCCCACCUACGAUAGUGGUCUGUGCGUCCGUUCGUCCGUCUGUUCUUUCUUCCGUCCGUUCGUUCGUUCAUCCGUCUGUUCGUUCAUACGUCCGUCUGUCCCGCUUCAGGUUAAAGUUUUUGGUCAAGGUAGUUUUUGAUGAAGUUGAAGUCCAACCAAUUUUAAACUUAGUACACAUGUUUCCUAUGAUAUGAUCUUUCUAAUUUUAAUGCCAAAUUAGAGUUUUUAUCCCAAUGUCACGGUCCACUGAACAUAGAAAAUGAUAGUGCGAGUGGAGCAUUCGUGUAUUGAGGACACAUUCUUGUUUUGUGAAUGAGUUGUACUGGUUGACCCGUGAUCAAUCAGUGUAAAUAACAUCAUAGAACAACUGAUUCUUAUUACUUCUUACUGUGACGUAAUAAAAUCGUCUAUGCUUUUAGUAUUUUAUACAGGUUUUCGUAAUACUGUCAACUUGGAAAAUUUUCAUAUAUUUUUUUGGCAAUUUUUGAAAAAAGGUGCAAAAUUAAUUAUCACCAUUUUGCACAAAUGCUCCAUACAAACAAUGUUUUAAAACUUUAUAACGCAACUUAUUAUUUUAAUUCUCAAAAACAUCCAACAGCAAUUAACUGAAUAAUAAAACCAUGGCAAAAAGGAGUAGGUUCAGUAAGACCCCUUUUUGGCCCAAAAUAUAGCAGUUUUACAAAAUUAUGAAAAUGUAAGCGUUUAAGCUAUUUAUUGAAAAGUAGAAUGAUUCUGCUACAUAGAAAUGGGCUGUUUUUGACAAUACAAUGCACAUAUUUCGGGUACUAGCACCAUUAAGUCAUGCUAAAUUACUGAAAUCUUCACUAUUUUAGCAUUUUAGUUAACUUUUAGACAGUGUCCGUCUUAAAUGAAAGUGACCACAUUUGUGUUCAUUCAUAAUAUUGAAAUAUAAGUUGUAUUUGAUGAUAAUACAUAAUAUAUAUAAAGGUUGAGGAUGACCACGGAUGCGGUCACUUUCAUUUUUGACAAAAAACAUCUGAAAAGUGACGAUUUUUGGCGUAUUUGAUAGAUUUUUCAUAUUUAAGCUUGAAUCAGAGCGUUUUUAUUGACUUAAUCAGUUCAAAUCUUUCACAGAGACUAAUUGAAUCAAUUGAAAUAGACACUUAAGUGUUAAAAAAGUGUCUAAAUAUUUCGUAAGUUGAACUUGAAAAUUGAGGCCAAAAUUACCGGACCUACUUC